ACGAAGCUCAAAAAAUGACGUAGGCGGAAGCGCCCGUUGCAGGCUUUCCGUCGUUUCUUUUUCUCGUGCUCUACCAUUUUAUGACACAAAAACGUCUUAUGUCGGAAAUAACCCUUGUGGCUCGACAAUGAAGGCUUCGCAUAUCUGUUUGUGGGUGACACUGGCGUUCAGCGGGUUGGUGAGCGCGUUUGAUCCGAUCACAACAACGGUGGUGGUCGGUUUCGGGGCCGCGCUGGGGCGGGCUAUCUUCAAAUACUUCAAGGAAACGUGCGAUCCAAAAUGGAUAGCCUAUAACGCAACAGGGCUCAAGACGGACCUGGACUGCAAGCUGUUCGGACAGCACAUUGCAUCCCGCAUCAUCUUAAAAGCUGUGAACGGCUUCAUGAGCAACACGAACCCGAAGAAGCCCCUGGUGCUCUCUCUCCACGGGUGGACCGGCACCGGGAAGAACUUUGUGAGCCAGCUCAUCGCCGAAAGCGUUUUCGCCGAAGGAAUGCACAGCCGCUUCGUCCACGUGUUCACGUCCACACUUCACUUCCCACACGCGGAGCACAUAGCCACCUACAAGUCUCAGUUGCAGCAAUGGGUCAGAGGCAAUGUGACCAACUGUGAGCGCUCCAUGUUCAUCUUUGACGAGAUGGACAAGAUGCACCCGGGCCUGAUUGACAGCAUUAAGCCAUACCUGGACUAUUAUGACAAGCUAGACGGGGUUUCUUAUCGGAAAUCCAUCUUCAUCUUCCUCAGCAACGCAGGAGGAGAUGGCAUCAUCCAGACGGCUCUGGAAUUCUGGAAAGCGGGAAAAAAUCGAGAAGAGAUCGAGCUCAAAGACCUGGAAACGACACUCUCGCUGUCCGUGUUCAACAACAACAAAAGCGGCUUCUUUCGUACAAGUUUGAUCGACAAGAACCUGGUGGACUUCUUCGUUCCCUUCCUGCCUCUGGAGUACGAGCACGUGGUACAGUGCGCCAUGGCUGAGAUGGAAGCCAGAAACCUCAAACCGAACCCCGACGUGGCGGACAUGGUGGCCAGGGAUUUGGUCUACUUCCCCAAAUCUGAGCGAGUGUUCUCCGUCAAAGGCUGCAAGACGAUAGAGAGCAAACUGGACUUCUACACAUAGAUGUGCGCAUCUGAAGGACGUGAAAACGAGUCACUAAGUGCACUUUUUUUUUUAGAAAAAGAACUUUGCAGCCAAAAUGACUAGAGACAGGAAGCCAGUCUGGCUGAAGAGAGUUAAGUGAAGAUUUCUCUGUCUGACCUUGUGGCCAUCAAGCCAUCAGGAGGCCUUCUCACUUACACUCAGCGCCAGCCGGAUGAAAUAUUCAAGCGGUCAGAGUGAUUUGUCGCUUGCUAAGGAGCUUAACCUCUGCUUUUAUGUCGCCAGUCUCGGACGGUUGUGUUUGCUUGCAAAAACUCUUAAAUAUUGAUUUCCUUUUGGAGCCGUUCUCUGACGUGUUCUUGACGCGAACGAACUGCCUUAAAUCUUUAUCUCAGUUUCUAGUAGAAUUUUUACAGAUCAACAGCUGUUCAUUUACCUCAAUAAACGAGCAGCUGGUGGUGUAGGUUGGGUGAAAACAGGAAGUCUUUUAUUCUGCACUGUUAAACCUCACUGCACUGCAAAGAUUACAUCAGUGAAAUGAAGUGUUGUAACGUGAUUUGUUUUUAAGAAACUCA